AUGCCUGGUAGAAUUAAAGACGUUGACUUGUCUCUCUAUUCCCACGUCCUGAUUCUGACCCGUUUGGAUCCGAACCAACACACCUCAAGUCACCAAGAUACCCAAGACAACAAGUACUACGAUUUAAGUUGCGACACCGCCAAGCAAGUGGCAAUGCCUUGCCCUUCUGAAGAAAUUCCAACGGGUUCGAGCAAUAACCCACAUGCGAUGUCUUUCGAGUUCCUCUAUGAGGUCAACGAGCGCCUUAUCGAAUGGCUAAAACAAGAAGCAACAAACUUUGACGACGAGUCAUCUGAAGAAGACACAUCCUCUGACGAAGAAGAGCCGGAUAUUAAGACACAUUGGACUUUUGGAAGAAUGGCUCACCGCGUGAAGAAGUGGUUCACGGAUCAUUACCAUCACGAGGGCUAA